AUGUCGACGAUGUCGGCGCAAUUCGAUCCAGUCCAAGCAGGUUUCCACAACGCGAUUCGUGACUUCAAGGCAAACCCGGGAGACAACGCAUUGAUCGAGGAGAUCUCUAAGACAAAAACCAUUGACGAGGUUUACGAUGCCACAGACGCUCUCCAGAAAGAGCAGGCAAAAAAUGGGCAUCUGCGCCAUCUUUCGAAGCUCGAACCUUUCUUGAAUGGCCUCAAAGAGUACACCGCUGUCAUCGAAGUCUUCGUACAGUCGAAACAGGAUAGCUCAUUCGAUGCUAUCAUCAAUACCGCAGCAGAAGUUGGCAAGCUUCUACCAGAAUUCAAGGCAGUCCACGUUCUCUUCUUUCGUGAUGUCCUCGAUUUCUAUUUCAUCGCCCUGAAAUUCUUCAGGUGGCGACUCGUCUUCGGAGCGAUGUGGCCUACGCAACGCGAGAAGAUCAAGAUUGUCGAAGCACAAAUCCAACAGCAUACGCUAUUGCUAAGGAAAGAAACCCUGCUACAGCACAUCCAAGACGCCCAUAACGCUCGACUUAGAAUGUUUGAAGAUUUCGACAAGAAAGAAAAAUCUCUUCGGCAAAUUGAAUAUAACACGAUUGCCAACAACAUGUCUCCCAGGGCAUAUGGACACGAGCUGUACCGUCUGCGAGGUGAGUUCUGCCCUGGGACUGAAAAAUGGUUGAUCAAGGACACGGUUUUCAAGAAGUGGCUUGAUACCAAAAUUCAUGUCGACAAGGUAUUGUGGUUGCAGGGCAUCCCCGGAGCAGGGAAGACACUUCUAUCUACUGCGGUGAUCACAGAGUCACAGAAGAUUGGCAAGGUUAUCUACGCAUUCCUCAGUUACAAAUACAGCAGCAGUCUGUCCACGCUGUCGAUUUUCCACUCAUUGAUAUUCCAGUUGGCGGCUUGUGACGAACAUCUGCAGGAACUAGUAUGUCUAUCGAGUAAAGAGGCGCUCACAAAUGACAUCCAUGUGGCGACAGAGCUGCUCAAGACUCUGGUGGGUUACGCAGCACCAGUGUAUGUUGUGAUCGACGGCCUCGACGAAAUCCAGGAGCUAGAGCGUUGUAGGCUCUUGCGGCACAUUCUGGGUUUGUCGGAAGUCUGUGACGAGAUCAUACUACCAUCCGCGUCGAUCUGCAGAACGCAGGCAGCAUUCAAAAUUUCGUCAAUCAAUGGGCUCAAAAAUGGUUCUCUGAGCGCAAUUUCCACCCAGAAGAGAGAUCCGAAAUUGAAGGUCUCCUCUCGCCGCUUGCCUCGCAUGCUAAAGGCUUGUUUCUUUACGCCAGAGUGGUUUUGA